ACUUCUCCACUUCCCCUUGCCACCGUCUUCUGCUCGCCGGUUUCCAAUGGCUUCUUCCGAUGUGAAACAAAAGCUAGGCACUCUCGAUAAGGACUCGUUCGUGUCCCUCCUCACCAAGCUCAUUGGAGAGUCCGUAUUCGUUCAAAACAAUCCACCGGAGCUGAUCCCAGUGGAGGACAAGGUGGUCAAGCACGUGUUGGAUGUUCUCCUCCCUUACAGCACCACCAAUGGGGGAGGGCCUCUGAUUGUCAACCAUGUCGCUUACUUCCCCGGCAGAGGCAAUCUCAUAGUGGAGUAUCCUGGGACUGAGCCUGGCAAGAUCUUGUCUUUUGUGGGAAUGCAUAUGGAUGUUGUCACCGCUAAUCCCAAUGAUUGGGAAUUUGAUCCUUUCUCAUUGGGCAUUGAUGGAGAUAAACUCCGUGGUCGUGGAACUACUGAUUGUUUGGGGCACGUUGCCCUUGUAACUGAACUAAUGAAGAAGCUUGGGGAGACAAAACCGAAACUGAAAUCUACUGUUGUUGCAGUCUUUAUAGCCAAUGAAGAGAACAGUUCCAUAACAGGAGUUGGUGUUGAUGCACUGGUCAAAGAUAAGCUGCUUGAUAAGCUGAAAAAUGGGCCUCUUUUCUGGAUUGACACAGCAGAUAAACAACCUUGUAUUGGUACUGGUGGUAUGAUACCCUGGAAACUUCAUGUGACAGGGAAGCUUUUUCACAGUGGUUUAGCACACAAGGCCAUAAAUCCACUAGAGCUGGCCAUGGAAGCACUUAAAGAAAUCCAACAACGGUUUUAUAAGGACUUUCCACCUCACCCCCAGGAGCAGGUCUAUGGUUUUGCCACACCAUCCACUAUGAAACCAACGCAAUGGAGUUAUCCAGGAGGUGGAAUCAAUCAAAUUCCAGCAGAGUGUACAAUAUCAGGAGAUGUCAGGUUAACUCCUUUCUACAAUGUAAAAGAUGCUAUGCAGAAGCUACAACAGUAUGUGGAUGACAUAAAUAAGAACAUAGAAAAGUUAGAUUCAAGGGGUCCAGUCUCCAAAUUUGUCCUGCCUGAUGAAAAUCUUAGGGGAAGCCUUACGUUAACUUUUAACGAGCCAAUGUCUGGUGUUGCUUGCAAUCUUGAUUCCCGUGGUUUUCAUGUAUUGUGUAAGGCAACUGAAGAGGUAGUUGGGCAUGUGAAACCCUACUCAAUAACAGGGAGUUUGCCCCUCAUUCGAGAGCUGCAGGAUGAAGGUUUUGAUGUUCAGACAUCUGGUUAUGGUAUAAUGGCCACAUACCAUGCCAAGAAUGAAUACUGCCUUCUUUCUGAUAUGUGCCAAGGAUAUGAUGUCUUUAUCAGCAUCAUCUCCCAAUUGGAGGAUUGAAACAAACUAGACAAGGCUUGUGAACUGUGAGAAUUGUGCACAUGGAUUCAAUAUAAGGCUUGCAUCCAACUUAAAACCAAUUGACAAUAAGUAGAGUGGCUCUCCUUGUAUUUAACUUACAAGUUUCUUAUUUUUAUACUAAAUAUGAAAUUUUCUCACUUACCACUUAAUACGCCCCCUCACAUGCAGACUAGUUAUAAAUGUCGGGGGUUAACAUAUAUCCUUAAAUGCAGGUCCGGUACUUUCAACUUCGGGUCCUGUUAAGUGAGCUAACAAUGAGUUUUUUAGAAUAAAAUUUGAACUCCGAUACCAUGUAAGAAUUAUGCAUGUUGGCUCAACACAAGACUUGAUAUGAACAGUUCUUAUGAUAAAAUGAACUUAAGCUGUGUGG